AUGACAAAUAAGAUCUCGUAUAACGCCAUAGACUCGACCACAACAUCACCUAAUGAUAGAAGUUUGGAUCAGUCUAUUGAUACUUAUGACACAAAUACUACUCUUGAUAUUCCGGACACUUUCCCAGACACACCGGUGGACAUGGAUUUCAAUAAUCAGAUUAAUUCACUCCUAAACGAUUCAAUAGUGAAUAUCUACGAGGACUAUGAAUUAAGGCAAAGAGUGGAACAGGAGUUUCCAGUCAUACCGUUUGUGGACAGACCUAUCGCUGACCACAGGAAUCAAUUGAAUGAAUUAGAGGGCUAUCGACUGCAAGAACUGGUGUCUGUUUUUGGUGACCUUUCACACCCAUUAGAGUCGGUGUCGGUAUCCGUUAUAUACCGUGAAGUCUAUGAGACAAUUGGCACCAAAUUAGAGCAAUUGAUGCUAAAUGUGAUUAAAAUAUGUCAGAAAUUAAGCACAUUUACCAGUAUUUGCGAGGAGGACAGGAUGUCCCUGAUUAAGUAUGGCUGCAUAGAUCUGUCUUAUAUGUGGCUGAUACCCAAACUCGACUAUUAUCAAGAUCAUUGGAAGUUCACUAUUUUAACGGCAAUAAUUUUGUUUAGCGCCGAUAGGCCUAACCUUAAGCACCGGCAUAUUGUUCAGUAA